AUGGAUGAAAAAGGUGCUUACCAAUCCAACGGCCCGGCAUCUCGGCCACGGACCUCAUCUUCUUCGGCCACAGAGCUUGGAGGGACUCAGGCCAAGACGCAAGAGAAGGAGGAACAGCCCAAGACAGAGCCUGAGCCAAGACUCAGCGGCUCGUCUGCCAAGCAUGAGGGUCAGACCGAGUCUGACAACGAGGAUGACGAUGAUAUCGAAGCACACGAUCGCGACUACAGUCGCCGCCUCGCUCGGGUCAAGAGUCAAGACCAUGGAACUCCGGAUAUCGACCAUGACGCGGGUGAAGCGAUUGCUCUCGGACACGACCUCGACAUGGAGCUUGCCAUGGCCCCGGAUAUCGAGAGCAUUAGGAGAAUUGAGACCAGAGGCAGCGCCAAGAGUAAGCUUUCCCGCCUCUUUACCUCGACCAGCAAGACCAGCAAGAAGCACGGCAUCCGCGCUGAGCUGCUUCCCCUUAUGGACCUUGACCGCGGCAUCGUCGGCUGGGAAAGCCAGGACGACCCUGAGAUGCCACUGAACUUCCCUCCCGCCAAGAAAUGGCUGCUAGCCGGCCUUCUCUCGGCCAUCACCUUUAUCACGCCCUUUGCCUCCUCCAUUCUCUCACCCGGCAUUAGCCACGUGGACUUGGAGUUCCACAACAGCAACGUAUUGAUCGCCUCCUUGAUGGUUAGCAUCUACCUGCUCGGCUACUGUCUGGGACCGCUGCUGCUGGCCCCACUGUCCGAGAUCUACGGAAGGAAGAUUGUCCUGACCAGCGCCAAUGUCUUCUUCUGCUGCUGGCAAAUUGGCUGUGCGCGUGCGCCUAAUAUCGCCUCUUUGAUUGUCUUUCGCCUGCUGGCUGGUGUUGGGGGCGCGGGUUGUAUUACUCUCGGUGGCGGCCUGAUUAGCGACAUUUUCCGCGUUGAAGACCGCGGCGUGGCUAUGGGUAUUUGGGCUCUUGGCCCCCUGUUUGGCCCAACUAUUGGUCCGUUAGUAGGCGGGUUUAUGGCAGAGACGAUAGGAUGGAGAUGGGACUUCUGGGUUGUCCUCAUUGCAGGGGCUAUACUUACAAUCACGAUCGAAAUCCUCAACAAGGAAACCAGCCACCCCAUCCUCAUCCAGCGCAAAGUACGACGUCUUAAGACAGAGCUUGGCAGAGACGACCUGCGCAGCUGCUACGAAACUGGAGAGAAAUCAACGGCUGGCCAGGUUCUAAAGAGCGGCCUUGUGCGGCCCAUCAAGAUGCUCUUCUUAUCUCCCAUGGUGUUUUCCCUGUCCCUCUACAUCGCCUUCGUCUAUGGCGUAUUGUACCUGUUGUUCACCACCAUCCCUACUGUGUUUCAGGAGACCUACGGCUUCAACGUCGGGCUCACGGGCCUCGUGUACCUGUCGCUAGGAGUUGGCAAUCUCGUAGGCUGGUUGGGCAUCACCAUGUACUCGGACAAGACCGUCAUUCGCCUGGCCAAGGCAAACAACGGCGUAUUCGUGCCCGAGAUGCGACUGGCGACAACCAUCUUCUUCGGCUUCUUUCUGCCUAUCACUUUCUUCUGGUAUGGGUGGUGCGCAGAGAAGAAAGUCCACUGGAUAGCGACUAUCCUGAGUUUGAUUCCCUUUGGCUUCGGCAUCAUCGGGCUCUUUCUGCCCAUCACUACCUACCUCGUCGAUGCGUACCCCAUGUACGCGGCAUCUGCCAUCGCUGCCAACACGGUAUUGCGCAGUCUUGUCGGUGCCUUGCUCCCUCUUGCUGGCCCUCGGAUGUACUCGAGUCUCGGGCUGGGCUGGGGCAACUCUUUGCUGGGAUUUCUCUCAAUCGCCAUGAUUCCCGUCCCGAUGUUGAUCUACAAGUAUGGAAAGCGGCUUCGCGAGAUGCAGACCUUUAAGCUUUAA